UGGAAAUGCAAGAGCCAACUGAUAAUUCUGGUGGAUAUGUCAAUUUUUCAUGGACGUAUUUAUAUUCAAACACAAGUAUUGAAGAUUUAUGGCUCAAAGAUUCACUUGCAACUUGGGUAUUCGUACGAAAUGUUCUCACGACUGUUUUCGGAAGCGUUGCUUUUCUUGGCAAUGUUUUAACAGUCAUUGUUGCAUUAGCUAAGAAAGAAAUACGUAAGAAAUUCAGUAAUUACCAAAUAAUAAACCUCGCCAUAAAGGAUGCUAUAAUAGGGGGUAUAAUGGUUUAUUUAUCUGUAAUUGAAAUGACAGGCCUAUGGACAAAAAAAAAUUCAAUUAAUUUGGGCAUUAUAGCGAGUAUGCUACUACUUACUUCAUCUUCACUCACAAUUAUAAUGAUAGCAAUGGAACGUUGUUUUGCUAUUGUUGCUCCAUUUCAGCAUAGUCGGUACGUCACAAAAAAGCGAUUGACCAUUAUAAUAGUCAUAGAUUGGUUUGUAACCAUUAGUUUAGCUAAUAUAUUUCCAAUUACAAACAUGGAAAUUGACAUAUGGGUUGUAGGCCAAUUUGUAAUGCUAUGUGCACCAGUUUUAACAUUUAUCAUAUAUCUUGUGAUUAUUUUAGUUGUAAGGCGACAUGAUACAAAGAUCAGACAAUCAGCCAAUAGAUCAGAGAGAAAGAAAAGAAAGCAACAUGUUGAAAUGAUAAAGACAUUCACAUUGGUUGCUGGAAUAUUCAUCAUAUGCUACAUUCCGUAUAUUAUAAUUCUCGAAAUUUCAUUAGCUACAUUUUCAUUAGGACUAUUUAAGUCUCUCAUCAUUCUUGAUACGUUUAUCCCAUUGAAUUCAGCAGCGAACAUGUUUAUUUACUGGUGGCGGAUUCCUGAAUUUCGAAUGGCUUACAUGCGGGCACUCUGUUGUCACAGAAAUAUGGGUUCCGCCCUAAAAGGUGUUUAGACGUCCCUAUCUAUGAAUCACAACCCCUGCAAAGACAUGUAAGUAAUUUAAAAAGAAAAACAGUUUGAGACUGAACGCCUAGUGACAUAAUGGUAUCAUCCAAGAUUUGUAAGAAUGUCAUCCAAGUAUGAAACUGCAAUUUAUAUGCAUGUUGUUUGAUUGAUUUUGUAUUCGUGAGUGUAGAUUUUCCUGGUAUUUGCGAUUCUCUCCUAUUUGAACGUUAGCAAUAUUUCUAAAUUUAGACCUAAUCAACGAGUCUAGCUACGGGGCUGAUAAAUCAUUUGAGCAUGCAUUUUUACAUACAUAGGCCUAUUUA